AUAUAUCACUCGUAUCCGCCCAACAGCAACACCUCAGAUAAAGCCAUCAUCCACCUGACUGAUAUUUUCGGUGUUCCGCUGCUCCAAAACAAGCUGCUUGCAGACUCGUUAGCUAGUAACGGCUACUUGGUUCUUGUUCCUGACCUUUUUGCUGGCGACCCAGUCAGCGUCGAGGAGCAAGAAGCAGGCCUCAACCUCACUGAAUGGCGCGCAUUACAUCCUCAAUCUGAUAUUGAAGCUGUGAUUAACAGCACAAUCCAAUACGCACGAAACGAGCUCGGAAUUGAGAAGAUUGGUGGCGUGGGUUACUGCUUCGGUGGGAAGUAUGUUGGAAGAUGGCUGAAAGGGGACGACAGCGGCCUAGACGUCGGAUUCGUUGCGCACCCCUCUAACCUUCUUGAGGCAGAGAUCCAAGCCAUUGCCGGACCACUGAGCAUUGCCGCAGGCACACUCGAUGCCAGCUUCAACUCCACGGCGAAGUCAAGGGCAGAGAGCAUACUUAAUGCGAACAACAUCACUUUCCAGACGAACCUGUACUCACAGGCUCCGCAUGGGUUUGCGGUCCGACCAAACCUGACGAUCCCGCAACAAGCAUACGCUAAGCAAGCGAGCUUUGUGCAGGCAGUGACCUGGUUUGACGCGUGGCUAUGA